AUGUCAUCUGAGCGUCGCUGGGAUCAACGCCGCUUUCGCCUCGAGGAGUCGACGACCCUCAACAAUGGCAAGCGCACUAUUUUUAUCGAAACCAUGACUCCCGGAACCACUGUCCCGCCUCACUACCAUACACGCUUCUCAGAAACAUUUGAUCUCAUCGAAGGGUCUAUUUCUGUCUACAAGAGCACUGAUCCCGAUGUGGAAACCUUGGAAGCUUCUGCCCAGCCACUAGAAGUGGGAAAGCCUCAGACUGUCACGCCAAACCUCUUUCACAAGUACCUCGUCAAUGAUGACGGAGGUGCUGUUUUGCGAGUCAUCCUUGAGCCAGGCGAUGCGGACUUUGAGAGGCUGUUGAAGAUCAUGAACGGGCUGGAUGCAGAUGGAAAGCUGGCGAAGAUGGGCGACAGCUUGGUGCUUAUGGCUGUUGUCAUGGAGCUUAGCGACGCUCAUCUUAUUGGUCCCGCGAAGGGUAUGUUGGAUGGCGUGAGAAGAAACCAGAAGGAUGAGAUUGAGAAGCUUAAGGCUGAGUUAUUGGAGGCUUAUGAUACUGAAGAAGCGUUGCAGGGGCUCCUACAAGGGCGAUAA